AUGCCACCAUCCGCCCAAAACACCUCCAACUACACCCUCGCCCUCCGCAACGCCACCAUCGUCGCCUUCCCCCCCGGCUUCCUCCUCGGCCUCAUCCACGGCAUCAUCUCCAACGACCUCUUCCCCGCGCUAAGCUCCGUCCCCCUCUUCGGCUCCGCCGUCCUCGCGCUCGCCAUCCACCCAACCCUCCGCUCCAAACUCACCUACGGUGGCUCGCCCAUCACGCUCUCGCCGACCAACGUGCUCGCGCUCGACUUCCUGCUCGGCUUCUUCCACCUGCUGUUCCUGAUCCUGGCGUGGGUCAAUGUGCCGCAGUCGUGGGAUGGUGGCAGGGUGAUGCUGGGGACGUAUGCGACGGUGCCCGGGUUCAUAUGUGUCGCGGUGCAUGGGUGGUUUGUGGCGCGCGAUGUGGGCCGCGUGGUGCAGCACAGCAGGCAGUGUGAGGAGUGUGCGGCGGGCAUGGCGGGGCAUGGGGAGGGCAGGCAUGGGAGGGGCGGGGAGUAUACGCCGCUUACUGUGGGGGAGGAUUAUGAGGAGGUUGAGGAGGGGAGGGUUGGCGUUUGA